UCCGACACAAGUGUGGCCAGCAAGGGGUUUGAACUGCAGUGGUCCCAGUUUACCAAUACUACCAUAAGUAGCAUCACAACUGAUGCGGGUGGUAUGGGGCUUACAACUGCAAGACAUCCAACACCUGCUAGUACAUGGAACGCAGACACAACCAGGCAUACAGACAAAGUCACUGCAGCUAGUGUCCAAACAAGCAGCCACCCAGUAACUGGUAAAAGCACCACCCAACAGAAAGGCAUAGUCACUGCAACCACAAAGGGCAGUGGAGGCCCUGCAACUACUACAAGCGCCACACGGCGGCCAGGCAUAGUCACUUCAGCCACAGGAGGUGAUGGAUCAUCAAGGGUUACAUCGGUGGGAUCUCUGGCAACUACAUUGCUGACAAGCUCUACCAAGACUUGGGACAACUUCACAGUCAACACUGAAGAGUACAUGGAGAACAUGAUCUGUUACGUGUGUGAGGGAAUGUCGUCUGGGUGUUUAACAGGAGAAGGUCUGGAAGACUUUGCAACGGAGUGCCAACAGAACGAAGCUUGCUGGGUGGAACGUAUUGGAGCAGGAGAUCUGGAGGGGAAAGCUGUGUACUACCGCCGCAGCUGCCAGCCUAGGUGCACCGAGUACUGGCAGGAGGAAGUCUGUAUGACUGCUGAUGGGCAAGCAAAGGUGUGCAGGCUGUGCUGUACGGAGGACAGGUGCAACACUCAUGUCCUGACUGGUCAUAGCGCGGCUCAGUCCCCGGGUAGAAGUCAUACAGACACAACCGUGGCAUCUUUCAAGCUGGUGUCUAUCCUGGCACUUACAGUGUGCCUGGAUAUUCUGGCAAUAGCCACUUAAUGAGAGGAAAUAAAGUAACAGGAAAUGCAGUUUAGCGAGGGUAUUAGUAACUUGAAAGUGACCAGCAGUUAAAGUGACCAACAUGUAAAACAGGACAGUUGCUGUUUCAUUACAAAUGGGCAAAUGCCAACCACAUAACCAUCAACUUAAUAAGAAUUUCUGUCAUUACUUUUUAUGUACAUGUACCUACGUAUUUGUUACCUUGAUGGGAACAAGAUUAUCAAUAUGAUUCAUGACCAAUGAAGACUGUGCUGGAGGGUUCACAUGCCCAGAGAUGGCAUGGGCAGAGAAGGCAUGAUGAUGUAUCUACUGUUUAAAAACAUAAACUUUUAUCAUUCACAAAAUAGGUUUUUAUACCACACACUACUAGCAUGCACACACAC